CCCAGGUGUGCGGGGCGGAGCGCCGGGAUGUGGCGGGCGGCGGCGGUGCGGACGCUGCGCGGGGCCCGGUCCGGGGCCGGCGCCCUACGGGCCGCGUCGGGAGCGGCGGCGGCGCAGCUGCGGCGGCGGCUGGAGAGCGAGCUGGAGGACAUCCGCGGCGCCGGCACCUGGAAGAGCGAGCGCGUCAUCGCCUCCCGGCAGGGUCCCCACCUCCGCUUGGCGGACGGCGGCGCCGGGAUCAUCAACUUCUGCGCCAAUAACUACCUGGGGCUCUCCAGCCACCCCGAGGUGAUUCGUGCCGCUGUGGAGGCCCUGGAGAAGUUCGGCGCCGGGCUCAGCUCCGUCCGCUUUAUCUGCGGUACCCAGAGCAUACACAAGGACCUGGAGGAGAAGAUUGCACGUUUCCACCAGCGGGAAGAUGCCAUUCUCUAUGCCAGCUGCUUUGAUGCCAAUGCUGACUGGGAGAUCUCAGUGAGGUGGUAUACAGAGCAAAGGAUGGUCCUUUCUGUUUGGCACGGCCAGGCCCUGCUGACCCCAGAGGAUGCAGUGCUGUCAGAUGAGCUGAACCAUGCUUCCAUCAUCGAUGGGAUCCGCCUGUGCAAGGCCAACAAGUACCGCUACAGGCACAUGGACAUGCAGGACCUGGAGGCCAAGCUGAAGGAAGCGCAGAAGCACCGACUGCGGCUGGUGGCCACUGACGGUGCCUUCUCCAUGGACGGUGACAUCGCGCCCCUGAGGGAAAUCUGCCAGCUGGCCCAGAAGUACGAUGCCCUGGUCUUCAUUGAUGAAUGCCACGCCACGGGAUUCCUGGGACCCAACGGGCGGGGUACUGAUGAGCUCCUGGGAGUGAUGGACAAAGUCACCAUCAUCAAUUCUACCCUAGGAAAAGCUCUUGGAGGAGCUGCAGGUCACCCUGGGGUGCCUUGUCCGAUUCUCUCUCCUCCGUCUGCAGGCGGGUACACAACAGGUCCCAAACCCCUCAUCGAUCUGCUCCGGCAGCGUUCCCGCCCGUACCUCUUCUCCAACAGCCUGCCCCCUGCCGUGGUGGGCUGUGCAUCCAAGGCCCUGGACCUGCUCAUGGAGAGCAAUGCCAUUGCACAAUCUAUGGCUGCCAAAACUCAACGGUUCAGAAGUAAGAUGACGGCAGCUGGCUUCACCAUCUCAGGGAAAGACCACCCUAUCUGUCCAGUCAUGUUGGGGGAUGCUCGGCUGGCCUCAGUGAUGGCAGAGGACAUGCUCAACAGAGGCAUUUACGUGAUUGGCUUCAGCUACCCCGUGGUGCCCAAGGGCAAGGCGCGCAUUCGGGUGCAGAUCUCGGCCGUGCACAGCGACGAGGACAUCGACCGCUGCGUGGAAGCCUUUACCCAGGUGGGACGGAAGCACGGAGCGCUGCCUUGAGGGGCCGGAAAACACCUCUUCAGCACCAUCCAAGUGCCUCUGAUGGGUAAAAAGGCUUGAGCAGCACACUGCCAAAAGCAGGACCGUUCCUCAAGGCAUCACAGCCUGCAUCAUGAGUCACAGCUGGCUGUUGCAGUGUGCUGGCAGUAGCACUGGCAACCAGAACUUAAAAGUGUCAUUAAAGGUGUCCUGCAGUGCAGCGGA